UUGACACGGUUAACACGCAAAUUCUGGCGUAGUUUUAAGACAAACCGAGACCAACACGAGGGUAAAGGAUAAGAUCAAUGAAUUCGGCGGAGGAUCGACGUAAAAUUGGAGCAGGAUACAGAAAUGGACGUGGUGGUUCGGCUACAGGGUCUGUCAAUAAAGACUGUUCCCCGCAUCAAUCCCUGAAUGAUUCACUGGAGGGAGAAAUUCGGGCUUUCCUCACUGAUGAAGAUGAACUCCACACCUAUGACGACCUCACCAAAGUCAACCCUGUGACCCCUACAACAGUGCUGAAAUGCCUACAGGCCAGGUACAGAGUGAAGGUGUUUUACACACAUGCUGGCUGCACCUUGGUGGCUCUAAACCCUUUCCAGCCAAUCCCACAUCUUUACUCUCUGGAUGUGAUGAAGCAGUACCACUGUGCUCCUCAGCCCCAGGAGUUCAAACCACACAUCUUCAUUGUGGCAGAAGAGGCCUACAGGAAUGUACAGGGUCAGCUGCAGCCAGUGAACCAGUCCUUGGUGGUCAGUGGUGAGAGCGGUGCUGGAAAGACAUGGACAUCUCGAUGCCUGAUGAAAUACUAUGCCACUGUGGCCGCGUCGUCCUCAGUGGUGAAGAGUCAGGACACGGUGGAGAAGAUAGAGAGGAGGGUGCUGGACUCAAACCCCAUCAUGGAAGCUUUCGGCAAUGCCUGCACACUACGGAACAACAACAGCAGCCGCUUUGGAAAGUACAUCCAGCUCCAGCUAGACAGGUCUCAGCUGUUAGUGGGGGCAUCAGUGCAAACAUACCUGCUGGAGAAGACCAGGGUCGCCGACCAACCGACCAAUGAGAGGAACUUCCACGUCUUUUAUCAGAUGAUGAAAGGGGCCACAGACGAGCAGAGAAAGGAGUGGAAGAUGCCACUUGGCCAACAUUUUGUGUGGCUGCCAAAGGCUGAAAAAACAAUUGAGGAGGACUGUUUUCUUGACACUGUGGAGGCACUGGAUCAUCUGGGCAUUAAUGAAGAAAGGCAGAGACAAAUAUUCAGGAUUUUAGCAGGACUUCUGCAGCUGGGAAAUGUGUAUUUCUCCCCUCCAACGAAUGAAUCGCAACCAUGUGACGUAGAAGAACAGUCUAAAGUCUUCUUGCAGAGAGCUGCUGAGCUGCUGUGUGUCCCAGCUGAGGAGCUUCAGCAGUGUUUCAGGGUGAGGACGCUGCAGGCGGGGAAGCAGAGUGUUCUCAAGCCAUGUUCUCAGGCCGAGUGUGGGAUGAGGAGAGACUGCUUGGCCAAGGUCAUCUACGCCCAAUUAUUUGAAUGGCUGGUUACAUUCAUCAACAACAGUAUAUGUGCGGACAAAUCCACAUGGUGCAACUUCAUAGGAGUCCUCGAUGUGUACGGGUUUGAGUGUUUCCACAUUAAUAAUCUGGAGCAGCUGUGCAUCAACUACGCCAAUGAGAAACUGCAGCAGCACUUUGUGGCCCAUUAUCUCAGAGCUCAGCAGGAGGAAUACGUGUCAGAAGGACUGCAGUGGUCCUUCGUCAAAUACCAAGACAACCAGAGCUGCUUGGAUCUUAUAGAGGGGAGUCCAGUCAGUGUGUUCUCUCUUCUGAAUGAGGCGAGUCGCCUUAAUCGAGCGUCAGACGCCAACACGUUCAGGGCUCGUUUAGAGAAAGAGCUCCGUGAGAACAUCAACAUCAGCUGGGACAAGUUCAGCACGGUGCCCCACUUCACUGUGGCCCAUUAUGCUGGCAAAGUCGACUACCACAUAGAGGGCAUGGUGGAGAAAAACAAGGACCCGGUGCCACCAGAGCUCAUCAGCCUCCUUGAGAAGUCUGAAAACUCUCUGCUUCACCAAAUAUUCAGUGAGAAAGAAACUGACAAUGUGACUAGCAAAGGGUUGAGUAAAGUCACUGUGGUCUCCAAGUUCAAGAAUUCUCUGGAGAGCCUGAUGAAGAUCCUCCACACCACAACUCCUCAUUACACCCGCUGCAUCAAGCCAAACCCAGACUGCAAACCGCUGACCUUCAAAAAGGAGGAGGUCAUCAUGCAGCUGGAGGCCUGUGGGAUCGUAGAGACCAUUCACAUCAGUGCUGCUGGCUUUCCAAUCAGAAUUCCUUUCAGAAGCUUUAUCCAGCGUUACAGACUGAUCGCAAAACAUUCAAGGCUCAAGUCACAGAGUCAUUUUUCCGAUUUAGAGGCCGACAGCAGUGACAUUCAUCAGCAGCAGGUGGAGCAAUUGCUGGAGGUGGUGUUGCCCUCACACUGCGUUGAUCGCAAAAAACGCAGUUUGUGGGUGCACUGUGGAAAAACUAAAGUCUUUCUCACUCAGUCAAUGCUAGAUUUGCUGGAGGAUCAGCGUAAGAAGAUCUUAUCUCAGUGCGCCUUCACCAUUCAGUGCUGUUGGCUGCGGUACCAGCGGCGCAUACGCCACGCUCGUUGGAAUUCUGCUACUCUGAUCCAAGCAGUGGUGCGGUCCUGGCUGGUCAGGAAGCAGGUCCACAGAUGGCACAGAGCAGCUACAGUCAUCCAGAACACCUGGAGGCGGUGGAGGGAUCUGUUAAAGUCCUUGGCUGAGGCAGAACUUGAUGAUGCCGAGGACUUUGCAGAAGAGGAGGUGUUGGCAUUAAACCCUGCUAUCAGUGAAGUGGGCUCAGUGCAGCUCUCCACCAUCCAGGAGCCUGUCACGGUGCGAGGGUGGCCCAUGGGCCUGGCUCUGGCAUCAGCUCCAUCCAUCACAGUGUCUCUGACAGCAACAGGCUUCCAGAAGAUGAUGUCACUGAUGGCCUCACUCAACCUGCCUGCAAGGAGAGGAGAGUACAAGGCAGAGACCAACCAGUACACGCAGGGCAUCGCCUCCAUAAGGGCUCAGCCCAAGGGAUCUGUAAAACUGCACUUUCGGCGAUCUCCACUUCUCUAUGCCGACAGGAAACCAGAGCUGAAGACUGAUGUGACGGGGUUCAAUGAGAUCCUGCUCGAGAAAACAGAGUGAACACUAAAGACUGAUUUCAUGGAUCCAGGAAAAGGUGACCGCACACAAUGGGACCAAACCCAGCAGUUUAUGCUGCCAAUUUGCUCUCAAUUAAGAAGAGUAUUUUUUAAAUGCUGCCAAAGAUCUUAGUAUUAUACAAGACUGCAAUACCUCCACAGACAAAAUAUUUUUAAACUGACAGUAGGUCCAGAUAUCAUAAGAUAUCGCAGUGUGCUACAUUCAUAAAAUGUGCCGUGGCUUUAAAGGUCCUAUGUGUAACACCUACGGGGGGGGGGGGGGUGAUUGGCAGAAAUGUAUUAAUCAUAAAAAAAGUUUGUUUUUAUAGCCUAAGAUUAAGUAAAUGUACUUAGGCAAGGGUCUGGCUUUACAGAGGACGCCAUUUUGUGCUACCAUGUUUUGCCAAAUGGACCAGCCAGAGCGUGCAUUUAGUGGUUGGAGUGGAAGUUUACUGUAAGUAAACAAACAAAGGGAGGGCUGAGCAGAGGAGACUUUCGUUUGUUAGAAUCUGCAGUCGCACCAGUUUCACCAUCACACUGGACCUUUAAGGUAACAGGGAUUUUCUGUGCUGCUCUUCUGCUACAUUUUGAGAAUGUGUUCCACAUAUCAAAUCAUUGAAAAGGAUAUGACUUUUGAUUAUGAUGAUGCCAGCAGUGUUUUGUCUCAUCAUUGUCUCUCUAGAAGUUAAACCUAUUGGGGCCAGGAAGAACAUUUUCCAGUGUCCCCCUCUCAUAAUCAUAAUCAUAAUCAAGCAUAUACAUACAUAUGCAAGCAUAUAUUACUUUCAGUUGUACUCCUAGAUACCACAAAUAUUAUGUGAUGUUGGGUGUUUUUCUCUCUGUGUACUUCCAAAACCUGCUGCACUUUAGACUGAUACAGCAGUGCAUUAUAUCCAGCGUACAUCUUCAUGCCAAUUUAAUAGCAUAAUUGCAGUUUCCUUGACUCCACAAAAUGACCUGCACUCACAGCUGUAUUUAAAAAGUAUUUUGGAUGCAAGCACCUUUGCACAGUGAAUAGCAGUUAUCAUCAGGUUGAGACUUGAUCUACGCACAUAUCUGCACCAUAUGUACAAACAGCCACACAUUUUUUCAGCUUUGCUUCCGUCAUAAAAGCAUCCACUAGCCAGAAUAUUUCCUCACCUGUCGUCCUGCUCAAUAAGGCAUGUUUCUGUUUAUGUAUUGUUAAUAAUUUUGUGGACCCCACUUUUAGAACCACUGCUGUUUAACAUCUGUUGGUCAAAGUACUGGGUUUUUGACAAGUGCCUUCUUUUCUUUAUAAAUGUACAGUGAGUAUACACGUUUAUUUAAAGCUGAUUAUUUAAAUGAAAAGGGAAUUUCAUAGACUUACUUUUUGGGUGUAUAAACAGUGGUGACUCAGUUGAAUGAAUGAUUGCAGCUGUUAUAAGAUCCAGCAUUUAUUUUGACAGUGGUUGUUGGGAAAUAAUGGUAACUAUGCAAGUAUUGCACAUGUAAAAGCACAUAUUGCACAUUAAAAGCACACCUCUGCUCUCACACCACAACAGAAGGUCCAAAAAUAAAUCACCAACAAGCAAAACACAUAACAGGUGUUUUCAUAUUGGUUUGUUUUAUAAAGGGUAUCUAUAAUAUGCACAUCAGCCAAAUCUUUGACCAAACUUUUUUUUUAAUCAUUUUUUCAGCUGCAUCUCAAAGCCAGUAAUGUAUUAUAAGUCACUUGUCUUUGAACACUAUUGUUUUCUGAGAGAGAACACUUAAACUAAUUAUAUCAAGUUUUAACUUAAUUUCUUUAUGCUUCAAAAAAUUAACUAAACAUGAUGCAUGUUCCUUGACACUAAUGUUUAUUCUGUCAAUUCACAUACAUUUGUGUACAUUUGUCAGUUUGUUAUGUGUGUUUGUCAGAGGUACCAAGGGAUCCAUGUACAAGACUUGAAUGUUGUUCUAUUUAAAUGUCUGUGAUGCUGAAAUAAAUAUCCGUGUUAUAAAAUA